CAGCCCGAUGGACAAAUGCCGUCAGACAAGACUAUUGGAGGCGGCGAUGACAGCUUUAAUACAUUUUUCAGCGAGACUGGCGCAGGGAAACAUGUGCCACGCGCAGUAUUUGUGGACUUGGAACCGACUGUUGUUGAUGAGGUGCGUACAGGCACCUACAGGCAGUUGUUCCACCCAGAGCAGUUGAUUACAGGUAAGGAAGAUGCUGCAAACAACUAUGCCCGUGGUCAUUACACAAUUGGAAAGGAAAUAGUGGACCUUGUACUGGACCGUAUUCGGAAGCUCGCUGACCAGUGUACUGGGCUUCAAGGAUUCUUGAUCUUCCACUGCUUUGGAGGUGGCACUGGUUCAGGCUUUACUUCACUCUUGAUGGAACGUCUGUCUGUGGACUAUGGAAAAAAGAGCAAACUGGAAUUUGCAAUUUACCCAGCUCCUCAGGUAUCAACAGCCGUUGUAGAGCCGUACAACUCCAUCCUAACGACUCACACCACCUUGGAACAUUCAGACUGUGCUUUCAUGAGCGAUAAUGAAGCUAUCUACGACAUUUGCCGCCGUAACUUAGACAUUGAACGCCCAACUUACACCAAUCUGAACAGGCUAAUUGCCCAAAUUGUAUCCUCAAUCACGGCAUCCCUUCGCUUUGAUGGAGCUCUUAAUGUGGAUUUGACAGAAUUCCAGACCAACUUGGUACCUUAUCCUCGCAUCCAUUUCCCACUUGUUACCUAUGCCCCUGUCAUCUCAGCAGAGAAGGCUUACCAUGAACAACUGUCUGUGGCAGAAAUAACAAACGCCUGUUUUGAACCGGCCAACCAGAUGGUGAAAUGUGAUCCUAGGCACGGAAAGUACAUGGCAUGCUGUAUGCUGUACAGAGGAGAUGUAGUGCCGAAGGAUGUAAACGCUGCCAUUGCAACUAUUAAGACAAAGCGAACCAUUCAGUUUGUGGAUUGGUGCCCAACUGGUUUCAAGGUGGGGAUAAACUAUCAACCUCCUACCGUGGUACCUGGUGGUGAUCUUGCAAAGGUACAGCGUGCUGUUUGCAUGUUGUCAAAUACGACUGCAAUUGCAGAGGCCUGGGCUCGCCUUGACCACAAGUUUGAUUUGAUGUAUGCCAAGAGAGCUUUUGUUCACUGGUACGUCGGUGAAGGUAUGGAGGAAGGAGAGUUCUCAGAAGCUCGUGAAGAUCUGGCUGCCCUUGAAAAGGACUAUGAAGAAGUUGGUAUGGACUCUAUUGAAGGGGAAGGAGAAGGAGCAGAAGAGUACUAAGUUCCGCAGA